AGAGCUUCCACAAUAGUCAGUAUUCACCCCAGCUUGGUCGCUUGCUCCUGCACGUCCCCGUCGAAUGAAACAAAUCGGCCCUCAGUCGCUUCUAACGGUAGUUCAAUUGUAGUCUCAAUUGUUGGUCCAGUACCAACAGUUCAGACCCCAAGACCCAACAUCCUCUUUGCGACAGCUUUUCGAGCAUUUAAACAAGCGCCAUGCCUCCGAAGAAGAAGGCUCGCGCGUCGACAACGGCCACGCCGGCGAGCAACGAUGACGCGAUGGACAUCGACACCCCACAAGCUGUGGACACGCCCACUGCAGUUGCCACCAACCUAGCACAUACUGUCGACUUGGCCUCGCCAUGGACUGAUGACCAAGUCUCCAUGCUCUUCAAGGCCGUGGUGCGUUGGAAACCAGCGGGGAUGCACAAACACUUCCGAAUGCUCGCCAUAUCCGAACAUCUGCGAACGAACGGCUACGACCCCGCUGUCUACACCCACAUCCGCAUACCUGGGAUCUGGAAGAAGCUCAACGAGUUCUACAACAUGCCCUUGAUAGACGAGCGGGAGAACAACAUGGAUCUGUUGGAGGAUCCCAGUUUCGACGAUCGUUUUAAGGACUUUGAUCUUCCUUGGGAGGACUACGGCGACCUGAUAAUGCAGCGAGCACUUGCAGAUCCCAGCGAGGCGCCAUCAUCGCCCUCAACAGCAGAGAAAUCACCCGCUUCGACUAGGAAGCGGAAGCGCGGUGCGGCCGGUGAUGAGCCCAAGGGCCGCGCCAGCACGGUCGAGGACUCAGAGGCCGAGGACGAGGGGGACGCCGAAGAGGCCCAGUCUAGUCCAGCAGUGAAGUCGGCACGAAGCGCACGCAGCACGAGGAGCUCCAAACGUGCGGCAUCCAAGGCCAAGGCAAAAGCUGCGGAACAAGAAGAAGAGGAGGAAGAGGAGGAAGAGGAGGGCGGCGAUGAAGAUGAGGAUGGAGAUGAGGAUGGAGAUUCCCAAUCUUCUUCUGACGACGAGAGCGAAGAAGAACAUGAAGAGGAGCAGGAGGCGGAGGAGCAGCAAGAAGAGGAAGCACCAGCGGCGAGGCCCACCAGAGGAGGCCCAGGGAGGGGGCGGAAGCGAGGUCGAGGCCGCGGGAGGGGAGGCCGUGGUCGACGAGGCGGGUAAAUCAAAAGGGCCAGCAGACCUGUGGACGAGUCUCUCAGACCAAAGAGUGGUAGGAGGCGCUCACAUUCUGUGUACAAGAUUUCGGCGGAAGUGUCUGCCAACUCAGGAAGCGUGGCUGGAUUGAAAUUGGACAGUGUUUGCAUGUUAGAUAUACCCUGUAUUACUAGGCGGGAAGACGAUGAACUGGUUCGAAGAGAGCAGAGCCAUCAAGCGAUUUCCAGCCGCUUGUGAAGGGCAUUUGCAGCUGGAGACCACGACACGCCCAGGUAGAUAGGUACUUUGAAGGUACUUGCACCCCGCUAUGGGAGCUCAUUAAUGGAUCCCUGCAAAUC